AUGGAUGGCCUGUUCGGGUCCCCAAGCUGGGACAAUGAUGGUGUCACUUCUGAGACAGACCAACAAAGCUAUGAAAUCAUCAGUUUUGCAGAAUCAGAUUACAACGAAUCCAGUACAAAGCUAACGUUUCAAUUUGCUCGAGACAAUGAUCAAAAUGUGCAUGUUCUCCAGGCUCAUCUGUGGGUCUUCUUUAAGUCAAACAGAACUGAUCAGAACAGUCAGACUAUUAGAUUGCACAUAAUCCAAGAGCCACAGGGUACACGCACCCUCAUCUGUGAAAAAUACUUAGAGCCAAGAUGGAGUGGCUGGCAAACAUUUCCAUUAAAGCAAAUUCUCCAGGACUUUUUUGAUGAAGAGAAUAAAAGUCUGAAACUAGAACUUGACUGUGACGGAUGUCAAAAUAUGCCAUUCCUGGUCAAUCCCAAUGAUUCCCACCAGCCUUUUCUAGUAGCUCAAGCAAAGGUGAAGGAAAGGAGCCAUCAUGUUGCAAAAAGAAGCCUCAAAUGUGAUCAAAACUCCAACCUUUGUUGCAGGAAAGACUAUUAUGUAGAAUUCAAAGACAUAGGGUGGAAUGACUGGAUAAUAAAACCUGAGGGGUACCAGAUCAAUUACUGCAUGGGACUUUGCCCAAUGCAUGUUGCUGGUGCACCUGGCAUGGCUGCCUCAUUCCACACCACGGUCUUUAAUCUCAUUAAGGCCAACAAUAUUCAGACAGCAGUGAGCUCUUGUUGUGUACCGACCAAGAGACGGCCUCUGUCCAUGCUGUACUUUGAUAGAAACAACAACAUUGUAAAGACUGACAUCCCUGAUAUGAUUGUUGAAGCAUGUGGAUGCAGCUAA